AUGGGCAGACGCCUCGUGCGCCUCACCCAGCAGCGUGGCUGGCUCGCAGCUCGGAGGUUUCCUCUGGGCGCGGGUCGGCUGGCUGCACUGUCGGUGGCGGUGGCGCCUCGACUGGCCCCGCGUAACAAGGCCCUGGCAGGCUCAGCGCUGCGGCGUGUUGGUUGUGAUGCGCUUCUAGCCACCGAGCGGUCGUGCGAAUCCUUGAGUGGAGGCGCGAUGCGCGGCGCCCCGCGAGGCCGCCCGUACUGGGCCGGCCCGCGGCUUGGCGCUGCGCGAGGGCUGCGGCUCUGA